UGCACAGAGUUUCCUCCCUCUUUUCUCUGAAUUCCCUGUCAGGAUGCUUUUCUCUGGUGGGCAGUAUAGCCCUGUUGGCAGACCUGAAGAGGCUUUCCUGAUAUACAAGAUAUUCCUUGUUAUCAUUUGUUUUCAUGUCAUUCUCGUUACAUCCCUGAAAGAAAACGCUGGUAAUUCCAGUUUGUUAUCACCAUCUGCUGAAUCAUCUGUCAGUCUUGUCCCCUACUCCAAUGGUACACCAGAUGCUGCUUCAGAAGUGUUGUCGACUUUAAACAAAACAGGAGUCAAAUCCCAGAGAAAUAUCUGCAAUUUGUCAUCUAUUUGCAGUGACUCAGUGUUUUUUAGAGGCGAGAUAGUGUUUCAACAUGCUGAUGACCACAAUGUUACCCAGAAUCAAGAUAUAGCUAAUGGCACCCUCGCUGAAGUCCUGUCUCUAAGUGAACUGAAGCGCUCAGAGCUCAACAGAACUCUGCAGACCUUAAGUGAGACUUACUUUAUAGUGUGUGCUACAGCAGAGUCCCAAAACACGUUAAAUUGUACAUUCACAAUAAAACUGAAUGAGACCAUGAAUGUGUGUGCCAUGAUGCUUACUUUCAAAAGUGUGCAGAUUCGGCCAAUGGAACAGUGCUGCUGUUCCCCCAGGACUCCCUGUCCUUCCUCACCGGAAGAGUUAGAAAAACUACAGUGUGAUCUGAAGGAUCCCAUUGUCUGUCUUGCUGAUCAACCACAUGGCCCACUGUUAUCUUCUUCCAGCAAGCCUGUGCCAGUUAUACCUCAGGCCACCAUUUUUUCCCACUUUACUAGUGACUUCUCUUUGGCUGAACCCCUUGGUCAUGCCCUUAUGACCCCACACACACCCUCUCUGGCACAAGAGAGUCACCUUCCAUCUCCUCAGCCUACAAUCCCCCUGGCUUCCAGUCCUGAGAGUGACUUGCCUGUUCAACCUGUAGUGGUUUCUUCCUCUUUGCCCCAAACUGAUCUUUUCUACACCCUGUCACCUGUGCAGUCCUCCAUUCCCUCUUCUACCACACCAUCUCCAUCUGUCCCUGAAAAAGUGGUCACCAUCAGCAUACCUCCUGGUGAGACAGUUUUCAACACUAGCAGUGUUCCUGAUCUGGAAGCCCAAGUAUCUCAGAUGGAGAAAGCUUUGUCUUUGGGCAGCUUAGAGCCUAAUCUUGCAGGUGAAAUGGUAAACCGAGUCAGCAAACUCCUUCACUCUCCACCUGCCUUGCUAGCCCCUCUAGCUCAAAGGUUACUAAAAGUGGUAGAUGCCAUUGGCUUCCAGCUGAAUUUUUCAUCUACAUCUGUCAGUCUAACUUCACCUUCUUUGGCUCUCGCUGUGAUCAGAGUGAAUGCCAGUAAUUUCAAUACAACGACUUUUGCAGCCCAAGACCCAGCCAAUCUCCAGGUUUCUCUGGAAAGCCAGGCUCCUGAGAAUAGUAUUGGUGCCAUUACUCUGCCCUCAUCACUGAUGAGUAAUUUGCCAGCUAACGAAGUAGAAUUGGCUUCGAGAAUUCAGUUCAAUUUCUUUGAAACACCCGCCCUGUUUCAGGACCCCUCCCUGGAGAACCUCUCUCUGAUAAGCUAUGUCAUAUCAUCAAGUGUCACAAACAUGACCAUCAAGAACUUGACAAGAAACGUGACAAUCUCACUGAAGCACAUCAACCCAAGUCAGGAUGACUUAACCGUGAAAUGUGUAUUCUGGGACUUGAGCAGAAACGGUGGCAGAGGAGGUUGGUCAUCUGAUGGCUGUUCCAUCAAAGACAAGAGGAUGAAUGAAACUAUCUGUACCUGUAGCCACCUUACAAGCUUUGGCAUCCUAUUGGACCUAUCUCGGACAUCUUUACCACCAAGUCAAAUGAUGGCUCUGACAUUUAUCACAUAUAUUGGCUGUGGGCUUUCAUCAAUUUUUCUGUCAGUUACUCUUGUAACCUACAUAGCCUUUGAAAAGAUCCGGAGGGAUUACCCUUCCAAAAUCCUCAUCCAGCUGUGUGCUGCCCUGCUUCUGCUCAACCUGGUCUUCCUCCUAGACUCCUGGAUUGCGCUGUAUAAUACCCGAGGUUUCUGCAUCUCUGUGGCUGUAUUUCUUCACUAUUUUCUCUUGGUCUCAUUCACAUGGAUGGGCUUAGAAGCAUUCCACAUGUACCUAGCACUGGUCAAGGUGUUUAAUACUUACAUCCGAAAGUACAUCCUGAAAUUCUGCAUUGUUGGCUGGGGAAUACCAGCUGUGGUUGUGGCCAUCGUCCUGACUAUAUCCCCAGAUAAUUAUGGGAUUGGAUCUUAUGGGAAAUUCCCCAAUGGCACACCAGAUGACUUUUGCUGGAUCAACAGCAAUGUGGUGUUCUAUAUCACGGUUGUGGGAUAUUUCUGUGUGAUAUUUCUACUGAACGUCAGUAUGUUCAUUGUGGUCUUGGUUCAGCUUUGUCGAAUUAAAAAAAAGAAGCAACUGGGAGCUCAACGCAAAACUAGUAUUCAAGACCUCAGGAGUAUCGCUGGCCUCACAUUUUUACUGGGAAUUACUUGGGGUUUUGCCUUCUUUGCCUGGGGACCAGUUAAUGUCACCUUCAUGUAUCUCUUUGCCAUCUUUAACACCUUACAAGGGUUUUUCAUAUUCAUCUUUUACUGUGCAGCAAAAGAAAAUGUCAGAAAACAGUGGAGGCGGUAUCUUUGUUGUGGAAAAUUACGGCUGGCUGAAAAUUCGGACUGGAGUAAAACUGCUACUAAUGGUUUAAAGAAGCAGACUGUAAACCAAGGAGUAUCCAGCUCUUCAAAUUCCUUACAGUCAAGCUGUAACUCCACUAACUCCACCACACUCCUAGUGAAUAGUGAUUGCUCAGUGCACGCAAGCGGGAAUGGCAAUGCAUCUACCGAGAGGAAUGGGGUUUCUUUCAGUGUUCAGAAUGGAGAUGUGUGCCUUCAUGAUCUCACUGGGAAACAGCACAUGUUUAGUGACAAAGAGGACUCCUGCAAUGGUAAAAGCCGGAUGGCACUCAGAAGGACUUCAAAGCGGGGAAGCUUACACUUUAUUGAGCAAAUGUGAUUCGCAUCUUCUAAACUCAAAGCAUGAUGUUGAUGGUGUGAAGUGUCCAGUUUUCCUUUUACGCAAUGUGAGAUGUAUGAAAAUCGCUGGUUUUCUACUCAGCAACCUUGAAAGGAACAUAAGCUAAUUGAGGGCAAUAGUUAUUAUCGGAAGAAGAAACCAUGAGAUGAUUAUGGUUUCUAGACAUUUGCAAUUUGGUUUCUUAUCUCUCAUUUGCUAGGGGAUUAGUGUUAAAACAACAGAAUAAGAUCCAGGAGAAGAAAAAUGAAAGUUUGUUUUCAGUCACCUUUUAAAGAGGCUGUUAUCCUUGCUAACAGCCUAGAAAAAAAAGAAAGAUGUUUACUUCAGUCUGUUGGUGAGUUUAGUUGCGCAUUCCUUUUUUGUAUAUAAACUAAAUUCUAAUGAU